AUGGCGUCGUCUUUGUUCAGAUGGCCUUUCAGCAUGUUCAACGAAGAUGUGGAGCAUGAAGACAGUGAUGGUUUGCAGCACUUGCGGGACGCCUUGGAGAAAGCAGAGAGACAAGUAUCAUCAUCAACCAGUGACUCCGAGGAGGAACGCGAACGCAAGGAGGAGAUUCUUGACGGUUUUCGUGCCAAGUUGGAAGAGUUUGAGGUGGAAACGCAGAAGAAGGUCAAGAUCACGAUUUGCAGUGCCGUCAGUGGUGAGUCCAUCGCGCAAGUGCGGCUGAGACCUACGGAUUUCGUGGUGCACCUCUGCGAAGCAGUUGUGAAGGAAAUGAGCCACAGAGCCGUUGUGUCUCAUUCAAUCAUUUUCCAAUCUGAGGUCUUGCCACAGCACAAGACGAUCAGCGAGGCCGGAUUGCAGGAUGGCGAUAUCGUAUAUGUGGCAAGAGCUCCAGUGAGGUGUCUGACUGCAUCGCAUGAUGGUUCAGCAUGCCUCUGGAACUUCGAGCAAGAGACAAACAACACAACAGGUCCUCCCAGUGCUGCCGAGCCUCUUCGCGUGAACGCACAGGGAGCCUUGAAGCAUGCCAGUAUGUCUCCUUCUGGACAAUUGUUGAUGCUGUCAACAGAGGAUGGAGGCAGUGGACUCAUAUAUUGUGCCGAGACUCUGCAAUUCCUUCAUCGGCUGCAGGGGGGUGCCCAGAGUGCCUCAUUUUCCGCGGAUGGGCAAAAGAUAGUAGGUGUUGAUGCAGAUGGCAAUGCCAACAUUUGGUCUGCCCAAACGGGUCAGAUCAUUCACCGCAUGUUUCCGCCAAAGACAUCCUGUCAGUUCGAUUCUGACUCGGAUGACGAUGCUGAGAUGACCUUUGCAAACCUUUCGGGUUGUGGCAAGCUCAUUGCAACAGCUGCUGGUUCCUGCGCACAGCUUUGGGAUGCCUCUGGCAACCUCCAGCACACACUCCAGGGCCACGCAGGAACUGUGAGGCAUGCAGCAUUCUCAGCUGACAGUCAGUACCUGCUGACCGCCUCAGCAGAUUCGACGGCUAGGAUUUGGGAUUGCGACAGUGGCAGAUGUAUGCGGAUCCUAAGUGGCCAUCAGCGGGCUUUGACGCUUUGCGCUUUUUCGCCAACAGGACUGCAAGCCAUCACCGCAGCUCAUGAUGGAACUCUGAAGCUGUGGGACCUAGCAGACGACAUCACAGAUGGCUCGCACUUAGAGUGCACCUUGACCCUUGAGGCUGAUGGCGGUGUCGUCAGUUCAGCUUGCUUUUCGCCAGAGGGGUCGAGACUGCUGAUGGCUUGUGGCUCUGACACGGUGCGCAUGUUCAACACCGCAACUGGCCAGAUGCAGCUGUCUUUCGACGGGUUUCAUGAUGAUUGGGUUCGAUCUUCAAGCUUCUCGCCUGAUGGCCUAAUUAUUGCCACCACAUCUUAUGAUGGAGCAGUCGGCAUUUGGAGUGCGACCACAGGAAAGUGUUUGCACUCGCUUCACGGACAUACACAAGCAGUGGUGGUUGCGCAGUUGGCGGCCGCAUAG